CCCUUAGUUAAGCAAUCCAUGUUUUCGAAAUCCAUGCGUCCCGCUGAAAUUGCAAUGAAUGAAAACGAAAUUGAAAUGCAAAUAUUAAAAACUGUAGUUAUACGACAUCAAUGAAAGUCUUCUGCAAAUAAAACACGAAGACUUGAUUGUACAAAAAACAGUCUGCAAUUAAAUCCAGAGCAGACAACUCCUGUAAAACAUUGAGCACAGCAAUGUCCACAAAAAUGAAUGCCAAGCAGCGAGCAGUGCAGAAAGUGAAGGAACGGCUGCGUAACAAGCUAGACAACCUGCUGUUUCAAAAGAAAACCCUCUACUCAAUGGUUGACUCCCUUGUAUCUGAGGCUAGAGAGCAGACAGAGGCUAUUCUGUCGGUGAAGGACACUGGUAAUUUCUUGCAGCGGUACAGCGGAGUGGAGCAACAUCUAGACAUGGUCUAUAACACAUGCGAGCUCCUUGUCAUCUCUGCAGAGGACUUGAUGGAACCAGAUGUCGGUGACCCAGGUGAACUUUCCUCUAGCAGUUGUAAAGAUAUUUGCAAAGACACACAUGAACACCUAGAAUUGCCCCAACAAAAGCUUUCACCUUUAAAUGACGUUGAAAGUGUGGAGUGUGAGGCAUUCACUGAAGCGAAAACACCAACAUCAUUGAAGGUGAUGGUGAAUGAGGAUACGCAGACAUCAGAUCAGGCCCAUUCAGAAACUGGAGAUUCAAACCUAAAAACAGGGAGAACGUCUGAAAACAAAUCAGCAAGAGCGCUUGCCAUACCAAAAGAAAACUGUGACGAGACACAAGAAAACCAGAAGUUAAAUUCAACUCCCAUGAAGUCUUUAGACCAUACCCCACCAGAUGCUUUGGACAGUGUUAAUUUUUCACAUAAUAUAGAAGCAAAUUCAGGUGAUGGAAAAACUGUGAUUUUAGAGACUACAGACAAAAGUACAGAAUCAAAGGACUUAAAUGAUAGCAAAAAAGAUGUGUCUAGCAAGCAGAAGAAAUCUCGACAGCAAAAACCCAACGAAGUGCCCAAAAACAUUCGCGACAUUUUUAAUGAGAUGCUUACUAGUCAUCUGAAUAAGGGUGCAGUGAAGGAGUACAAGGAUGACAGUGGUGGAGUGGGGGAUGUUGAUACAACAUCAACAGAUGCAAGUGGUCUAGUGCCAGAUAUACAGAAGUUGAAAGUGCAAACAGACAGAGGUAUUUCUGAUUCAACCAGCUCUAGUCGGAGUGAUAGCCCUAAAAAAAGUCCUCAGAAAGGCAAGCCCCAGAAAAAAGGGAAAAUGAAAUGGAAAACUUUGAAGCAAUUUACAGAUUCUAUAGAAAACCAAACAAACAUGAAAUGUGAGGAAAAUAAGUCUGAAGUACUUCAAUCAAAACCUGUAGAGUCUCAGCCUAAGGAAACUGUGAAGACAAAAUCUCUGGACAAGCCUGAACACAGUUUUGAAGCACAGUCUAAGGAAACAGCCAAGAUGAAAUCUGUUGACAUAUGUGAACAAAGGGUAGAAUGUAAGCAAAAAGAUACUGUGAAGGCAAAAUCUCUAAGCCAUGAACAAAAUGAAUCUUUUGAUAAACCAGCAUUAAACUCCACUGAAACAAGAAAGGAACAAAAUGAAGCUUUCUCUCAACCAUCCUCAAACUUCCUUGAAGCUAAUCAGACUGUAAAUACAUCUGGAAGUCUUGUUGUUGAGGUCAUGAAAGGUCAAGACUCUUCCAAUGUCACCAGUCCAGUGUCCCCAUUAGAAGGGGCAUCUAAACAUUGCCUGGUACCCGACACUCUGCUGUCAGGAAGGAUAACUCAUGCAUCAAAGCCUUGCCUGGUACCAGACACUCUGCCAUCAGGAAGGAUCACUCCUGCAUCAAAGCCUUGCCUGGUACCAGACACUCUGCCAUCAGGAAGGAUCACUCCUGUUGUUGUUAGCGAGAUGGUCUCCCCUUGGUGCUUCUUCCUUAACAAGAACAGCUCCCAGCUGCCUGAGCUCAUGGAACAAAUCUGGCAAUACAUGCAGGGUGAGGGGGAGGCGACUGGGCCCCUACUGACCCACCCUGAGAUUGGGACCAUGUGUCUGGCCAGGUACAGCAAGGACCUCAACUACUACAGGGCUUACAUCAUGCAGACCUACACAGCUGGCAGGGAGAGUGCUGUCAUAGAGGUGGACGUUCUCUAUGUGGACUAUGGUAACCGGGAGCGACUCAAGAUAACUGAUCUACGACUUCUACCAGACAAGUUCUGCCGCCUUCCUUCACAGGCUAUCUGCUGCGCUCUUGCUGAGGUUAUGCCGCGUAACAAGUACUGUGUUUGGACGGACAGCAGCCUGUUGCUGUUCCGCCAGUACGUGUUGACCAAUCAGCUGCUGAACUGCACGGUGACCUGUCGAAGCAGCGACCCUCGGGUGCCAAUGUUGGUUGACCUGGCUGUUAACUACCCCGUGCCCUCCAGCCAGUACGGGGGCUUUCUCAACAGCCAGAUCAGCGUCUCCACCUUGCUGAUUAAUGCUGGCCUUGCCAAGCAAGUUGCGGUCUCAGAGCAGAUAAGCCUUCUAGCAAAAUCUGGAGAGGCGGCAGAGAUGGCAGCCAUCUUGUCCUCUAAUGUUUCCACGACAACCAGUCUGGCCAUCACAGAGUUACCUCCAGAUGGGGAACAAAGUUCACGGGGAUCAAGAAAGUCGGAGGAUGGAAAGAAAGGGCAAACUGUACGCAAGGAUGCAAGAAACAAAGCUAAAGAACAAUCAAAGACUGAGGCAGAUCACAAGAAUAUUGAAAUCGCCAUAGCAACUACUGAACAUGUCCUGAAAGUUGAUUCAGAUGGUAAAGGUCAAAAGGUUGAAGACCCUUUAGAGGCCAUGGUCACACCAAGGUCAGAGAAUUCAGAGACUGAGUCACAGGAGGGUGAGGUCAAGGUCAAGGUCACUGAUGUCAAGUCUCAGCUGGGACGAAUUAAGGAAGAACUUGAUGAUGCAGAAGGAAGAAAAGAUGGAAAUGAUGGAAAGGCGGCCAUUAAAGCUGACACGGGGUCAGUCUCAAGCAUGUCUGACCUUGAUCUCACAUCUUUGGCCGACCUUCCGCUAGACGACAUGACCUUUGACCUGGAUAACCUUCACCUGGGCUCUCAAGGUCAGGAGGUGAUGCUGGCCCACAUUCGGUCGCCGGGGGAGUUUUACGUGCACAUCAUCUCGCAGAAGAGCGGCCAGACGCUGGACCUCCUGAUGAAGAACCUCAAUGCAAGGUUCGAGGAGGCGAACAGACGUAAGCUGAUGAACCUGAGCAAGACUUUUGUCUGCGAGGUUGGCAAGCUGUGCUGCGCUCAGUUCACGCAGGAUGACAACUUCUACAGAGGGGUCAUCAAAAGUGUUAAGCCGGAGAAUCAGAUAGCCUCAGGCCGAGUGCUCGUACAUUAUAUCGACUUUGGGGACCAAGAAUGGCUUCCAAAGAGGCGCAUCUACCCACUUCCCGCUCAGUUUGCGUCCAUCCCUAGAAUGGCACUGAAGUGUAGCCUUUCCUACAUCGUACCCAUGGAAACUGAAAACGAUGGGGUGGUUGCCAGGGUUACUGAGGGCGGUGCUGCGGCAGGGACAGGGGUUGCUGAGGCUAAAUCGGGCAUUGCUGCUGUUGCGGAUGGCGCAGGCUGGUCCGAGAAGGCCAUAGAGGAGUUUAUUAAGCUGGGAGGGAUGGAGAAGACUCUGACUAUGCACAUAGUGCAGGGAACCGUUGCUGACCAGAAAGACAGUUACCAUGACAGCAGUUGCAGUUUGAAGGUGAUGCUUGUGGACAACACGGGGCCUGAGGAAGUGUGCAUCAACCUUGACCUGAUACGAGCAAACCUCGCCAAGCUUUGUCCAGAUAAAGGGUCCGCCCUGGAGGUGGAAGCAGACAUCCCACAGGCUGCAGUACAGGAGCAGGAUGAGCUUCAAGACUGGAACCCAAUGGAGGAGGACUUUCUGUCCAGCAGGAACAAGUAUGACUGGGACAGGGAUGACGUCGGUGUGGCAACCACCGGACACAAGGCUCGUGAUGAUCGGAUCUGCAAGUUCUACAGUCGAGGUCGGAAUUGUUAUAGAGGGGAGGCAUGUCCAUACAGGCACAUUGAUCCCAACUCAGCGGAGCCAGUGAUGCGUGGCGAGGCGUACGCGAUCUGUGACAACCAGGAAGGCCUGAUUCCCGCCCCGGGCAGCUGGGUUGCCAUGGAGAUCUCCACCAUCCUCACCCCAGCACGCUUCUACAGCCUCCUGCCCAUGGGCGUCAAGUCUCUUGACAACCUGGACUCGGAGUCCUCCUCAAAAAAAUCCAAGAGCGUGUUUGACCAACAAGACUGUGAUGAGACGCUAGAUGAUCUACAGGACGCUCUCAAUGUUGAGUACAGCAAGAGAGCUAGCAGUGGAGGCAGCGAGUUCCUGCGAGCUCUAGGGGAGAUUGUGGCGGCGAGGUUCUCACAAGACCGACAGUGGUACCGGGCACGUGUCAUAGAGGUCGAUGAUUCCAAAGUCAGGGUUUUCUACCUGGACUUUGGCAACACAGAAUGGCUGCCCGAGACGGAGCUGUGUGACAUCCUGCCAGAGUUCCUACACCUGCCCUUCCAGGCACUCGAGUGUUUCCUUGACAACAUCCACCCCACCCCACCAGCCGCCUGGUCAAAAGACGCAGUGCAAUACUUCAGAGAACUUGUGGAUGGUAAAACAUUGGUGGCUCACAUAAAAGCAAGCUCUUGGAGUGGUCGAUUGACCAUCGAGUUGUACGACACUUCAGGGGAAAAUGAUGUCAACAUCAGAGACAAGAUGGUCGAGAAGGGCUUCGCAGUCUUGUCCGAGUCCACUACAGAGACAUCGGCAAAUCCCAGUGACACCACCAGCCUGUGCUCAACUAACACUGGGGAGAUUUGUUUUGUUCCUGGUUGAACUUGUGUAGAAUAUAAUACCAUUUGUAAUUGUGAUAUCACCCUUGUGUUCAAAACUUCAAGGCAUUUUAUUAUUUUCAGUGCUUUUAUUCUUGUUUUAGUUUAUAGUCCCGAUAUGCAAGUAGCAGAUUUUGUUGUUCGCUAAGGUUUUGUGUGUGUAAAACUUGGAAUCCAUGGAGAAAAGAAUUCCACUGCACAUGUUUUGUCAGUUAUUGUUUCAUUAUGGUUCUGUAUGGUUCUGUAUAACAUAAUUAAGAACGGUUUAUUAGUAUAUUCCCUUCACAGCCGUGGAGCCUUAACAACCAUCAACAAACAUGAAAGGCCAAGGUCAAAGGUUAUAAAUAUACCAAGCAAGGAUUUUGUCUAGCUCCAUUAAUUAUUGAAAUAUUGCUUCCCUGACAAUAAUAUUUGUUCUGUAGGUAUAUAUCACUUCCUUUGUUGCUCUUUUCUGAAUUUUUCUUGAAUAAAUUAUCAUGAUUGAAUGCUGUGAUACCAGUUUACAUUUACCAACAUUACCAAGUUCAGUGUUUAUUGGUGAGAAAACUACUAGUCAUUUCAAAAGUUGAUUUUGUUUUCAUUUUUUUAAUGUUAAUUUUUUAUUUCUUUUUUAUGGUUUAAAGAAAUAUUGUCAGAGAUUAUUGACAAGAGUUUCUUGCAUUUGUAUUUUUUUUAUAGCAAGUAAGUAAACGCAUAACAUGUUGAUGUAUUUUUAGCUCCACUGGCGAGAGGCCAGCGGGGCUUAUGUCAUGGUCCUGUGUCCGUCGUGUGUGCGUCCGUGCGUAAACUUAUUCUUUAAACAUCUUCUUCUCCUAAACUACUGGUCUAAUUCUGAUGAAAUUUCUCAGGAAUGUUCAUCUUAUAGUCCUCUUUCAAAUUUGUUCAAAUUAUAAUUUGACCCUGCCCCGGGGAUCACAAAAUUCAAAAUUUGCUUAUAUAAGGCCUAUUUUGUGAAAACUUUCAAAAUCCUUACGUCCAUAACCAUUGGGCAUAUGGCUAUCAAAUUUGGUAUGUAGAGACAUCUAAUAGUCCUCUACCAAAUUUGUUCAAACUAUGCCACUGGAGUCAAAUUUGACCCUGCCUCGUGGGUCACAAAAUUGCACAUAUGCUUAUAUAGGGUUUACUUUGUGAAAACUUUACAAAUCUACUCGUCCAUAACCAUUGGGCCUAGGGCUACCAAAUUUGGUAUGUAGUGGCAUCUUAUAGUCCUCUACCAAGUUUGUUCAAAUUAUGUCCCUGGGGUCAAGUUUGACCCUGCCCCGAGGGUCACACAAUUGAACAUAUGCUUAUAUAAAGCCUUUGUUGUGAAAACUUUAAAAAUCUUAUUGUCCAUAACCGUAUGGCAUAGGGCUAUCAAAUUUGGUAUGUAGUGACAUGUAAUAGUUCUCUUCUUAGUUUGUUCAAAUUAUGCCCCUGGGGUCCAAUUUGAAACUUCCACGGGGGUCACAAAAUUGAAUAUAUGCUUAUAAAGUGCUUAUUUUGUGAAAACUUAAACAAUUUUCUUGUCCAUAUCCAUUGGGGAUAGGGCUAUCAAAUUUAGUAUGUAGUGACAACUUAUAGUCCUCUACCAAAUUUGUUCAAAUUAUGCCCCUGCCAGGGGUCAAGUUUGACCCUGCCCGAGGGUCACAAAAUUGAACAUAUGCUUAUAUAAGGCCUAUUUUGUGAAAACUUUAAAAAUCUUUUUGUCCAUAACUGUAUGGCAUAGGGCUACCAAAUUUGGUAUGUAGUGACAUGUAAAAGUUUUCUCGUUAGUUUGUUCAAAUUAUGCCCCUGGGGUCUAAUUUGAAACUGCCCCGGGGGUCACAAAAUUGUAUAUAUGCUUAUAAAGGGCUUAUUUUGUAAAAAUUUAAAAAUCUUUCUGUCCAUAACCAUUUGGCCUAGGGCUACCAAAUUUGGUAUGUAUUGACAUCUUAUAGUCCUCUACCAAGUUUGACCCUGCCCCGAGGGUCACAAAAUUGAACAAAUGCUUAUAUAAGGCCUAUUGUGUGAAAACUUUUAAAAUAUUCUUGUCCUUAACUCUGGGACCUAGGGCUACCACAUUUUGUAUGUAGUGAGAUAUAGUAGUCCUCUACAAAGUUUUCUCAAAUUAUGCCCCGGGGUUAAAUUUAACCCGACCCAGGUGUCAAAAAGUGUACAUGUGCUUAAAUAGGGCCUAUAUUUAAGUAUUUGCACAUGCCGGGAAUAUUUGUUUCAGCCUUUUUUUUCAGCAGUGGAGCGAUACAGGGCCAUCAUGGCCCUCUUGUUUUCCUUUUAGAUGAAUUUUGUGUUAUUUUGUGUACUACAAAUAAGUAUAUAAAAUGUAUGUUUCUUUUUGCUAUUUUUUAACACCACUUUAUUAAAGGGCCAUAUGGUA